AUGUCUUCCUUCCACCAGGAUGAAGCAGAGGCGCCCCACACACGGGGGAAAGCCCCUGUCAUGUCAUCUACCUUAAGAAUCACUUGCCAAAGCCCCUGUCAUGUCAUCGACCUUAAGAAUCACACACAUGAGGCGUGUCCAUGGGUGCUCAAGACUUUGGUCAUGUUUAGGGGGUCACUGAGGGUGUCACAUCAGGAGGAGGGGGAUUACUUCUCCACUCGAUGUUCCUCUGGGUUCUAUUUAGUCCCAGUCCUGACCCCAGUCUUCCACUUAGCCUUGGUUGUGGGCUUCCAAAAUGCCCAGGGCAGAGAUCUCUUUAAAAGAGUUUUGGGUUGA